UGGUGUAUGCAAUGAGCAGUGAAAGACCAUGUCUUGCACUUCAACCUCAGCAUGGGUAUCUAACUUAGAGUCUUAGAUUCUGAUUUUGCUUUGCAGUGCCAUCAUUUCUAGUUUCCUGCAUGGGAUGGUGAUUAGUGGUGGACGCUAGAUGCUGGAGCUUGGUUUUGACUAGGCUGGCACUAGAUGUGUCGUCGACUUUUUGUCACCUAGGGUGUUAGCUUGUUUGGUUCCUGCUUGUUUGGUUCCAGUUAUCAGCGUUCUUAGAGUUUUAAGUCAAUAUUCUGUUAUACCCACAUUUGUAAUGCUGCUAGAAUGCAAUCUGUAGCCUCUGAGGGAGCAUCGUGCUCGGGUCCUGGUCCUCAACCUGGAGAUGGAUUAGGUCAGUUGAGUGAGGUUUGGUGGUUGAGGAAGAGUUAGAGUAAGAAUAGGCAUCUGCCCAGGAGAGGCCGCCGAGUUUUUGAUAAUGUCAUGAGCCAGAUCUCUGCAGAGUCUGGUGAGACUGGGAGAGAGAGUCUAAACGGUGACGGGUUUUCGGAAGAUGGAGCUUCGACAGUGAAUCUUUUGGGUGGGUUUGACCUGAAGUUUGGUACUCUGGUCUUGCCCGAAGAGGGUCUUAAGAAACAGGAUGACACAGCGCAGGCUUCGAAUUUCAAGGUAUCCGACACCAAACCAAAGCCCAGGAAGUCGAGGGCAUCCAAAAUUGUUGAGGUUUCUGAUGAGCUGGGCGAGCCAUAUGCGUUGGGGAAUGUUGUCAUGCCGCUGCAAAAACAAGAGGGACUCGAAGCCGACGUUGCAGACAUUGGAUUAGAUGCACUGGUUGUAGCGGAUUUGGUUUACAACAAAGAGCUAAGCUGGCUUGCUUUCAAUUGGCGGGUGCUGCAUAUGGCGCUUGAUGUACAUGUUCCGCUCUUUGAGCGGCUGCGGUUUUUGGCUAUCUCUGCCUGUAAUAUAGACGAGUUUUUUUGUAAGCGCGUUGGAGCUCUAAAGAGGCAAGAAGCUGCAGGUGUGGAAAAUCUCAUCAAGCUUCAGCCGCGAAUGGCUUGGACUCCUCAGCAACAGCUAAAGCAUAUUGCGCGGGACGUGCGGCUGAUGGUGGACACUCAAAUUGCUUGCCUAACCGAGGAACUUCUACCAGCACUCAACAAGAAGGAAAUAAAGCUGGUUGACUAUGAUGGACUUCAUUUGCAUGAGAAAGAUCAGCUUAGAUUGUACUUCAAGUCAGCUUUGGAGCCCAUCCUGACGCCUUUAGCAGUGGACCCUGGACAUCCAUUUCCCUACAUUGGUAACCUGACAUUAAGCAUUGCGGUGGUACGAAGGUUCUCAGAGAUCCUUAUGAUGAUGCUGUUCAAUUUGCGAUUGUUUCUGUACCAUCUGGAUUGGAGCGAUGGAAGAGCUUGGAAUUUACUGAAACUGAUGAGUACGUUUAGUAAAUCGUACAACAGGAAUGCGUUUGUGCCAGUAGAGGAUAUUAUAAUAAACAAUUUGGAUCUUCUGUUUGGUGGAAUGGAGAUCAAAGGUGCAUACGCGUUUCGAACGACUCGUAAUGCAGAUGUUGCUCGAAAUGAGGAGGAGGCUGAAGACCUUCUGGAGAUGAUAGCUGACGAGAUGAGAGAACUCAGAUUUGCUCCUUUUGUACGGCUGGAGGUAGACCGCGAGAUGCCUCUAGAAGUUGUUCAGCGGUUGGUUAUGGAGCUAGGUCUUAAUGAUUUAAACGAUGUCUACGCUGUCUGCGGACCCAUUGCAUUGGGAGAGCUGGCUUCAUUACCAGUGAAGCUUGAGGUGAAUUCAUCUCUUGUUUACACACCUUGGACCCCUAAGACUCAUCCACGAAUACAGGGAGCUGAUAUUUUUGAAGUUAUAAGGAAAGGAGACAUUCUACUUCAUCAUCCUUAUCACAGUUUUGUAACAAGUAUCCAACACUUUGUAGAAGCAGCCGCAAAUGACCCGAAGGUGAUGGCCAUUAAAGCCACUCUUUAUCGUACUAGCAAUGAUAGUCCUGUCAUCUCUGCACUAGCGAAAGCCGCUGAGUCCGGAAAGCAGGUGGCUGUGCUGGUGGAAUUAAAAGCUCGAUUUGAUGAAGAAAGAAAUAUUGGAUUUGCUCAAAAGUUGGAAGAUGCCUGCUGUAACGUUGUAUACGGACUGAUAGGACUCAAAACGCAUUGUAAAUGCAUCCUGGUAGUACGGAAGGAAGAUGACGGACUUCGAACAUACGUCCAUAUAGGAACUGGAAAUUAUAAUCCCCGAACGGCAUCAGUGUACACAGACUUCGGCCUUCUCAGCUGCGAUCCUGAUCUGGGGAUGGACGUUAUAAACCUCUUUAAAUAUUUGACUGGUUAUCACAGACAGGUGGCUUAUCUUAAGUUGUUGGUUUCACCAGGAACUAUGCGAAAUGAGUUCGUUUGGCUCAUAGAAAGGGAGAUUGUCAAUGCCCAGAUGGGAAAGCCUGCUAGCAUCAUCGUUAAAUGUAACGGGCUUGAUGACCAGGUGAUGGUAACAAAGUUGUACGAAGCUUCUAAAGCAGGCGUAAAAGUGGACUGUAUAGUUCGCGGCAUGUGUCGCAUUCGCACUGGAAUUCCUAAUGUCAGCGAUAACAUACGAGUGGUCAGUAUUAUUGGAAGGUUUUUAGAGCAUCAUCGAGUCAUGCGCUUUGAGAAUGGAGGGAAGGCCGAGUACUACAUGGGAUCGGCGGAUUGGAUGAAUCGUAAUCUAACUCGCCGAGUCGAAGUCGUGGUUCCCGUUGAAGCUGAGCCUUUGCAGAAGGAACUACAGGAAAUGCUGGAUGCCUGCUUGUGCGACCGUCGAAAUGCGUGGGAGAUGAGGCCAGAUGGACGCUACCAACUUCUUGGGAUUGGAACCAUGAAGACUCCACCACGAGAGCAUACUCCCCAAGCAGCGUCUUCAAAACUGGCUGCAACAGUUGAAAACAAGGGCCUCCAUGAGGGACUUAUGGAGAUUGUAGCGAAACGUUGCCGAAAGGCCAGGAAGUUGAUCAUGGGUAAAAGGACGGAAGCGUCACGAAAGCUUGUCAUCAAGACAACAGCAGUUUAGCAAUUUCACAACUUGGCUCCGAAUGUAUUCCAUGUUGUUUCAGUGUUGGAGUGCAGAUGGCUGCAAGCUGAUAAUCAUAACUGAAUUGUCUGCUCGACCCCAGCACGAGAACAAGUGCUCACCCAACAGUGUCAUCUGGAUCAUCAUGCUAUUGUUUGGCAGCUUUUUUUUGUCAUUCAUACCAAGACAGUGGUGCUUGUAUAUCCUGGUAGUGAGCAGGUUGAAAAGAGUAAAGAGGACCCACAUUAGUGAAGAGUCCACGAGGGAGAGAAGACUGUAUCCACCCACAGUCCGGGGGCUCAGCAUCCUGGGAGCUUCACAACAACAAAAAUCAACAAAAAUCUUUUGAGGGUAGUCAAGCUUUUUGUUUCUGGUAUUAGUGAUUCUUAAACUCCAUUGCAUAUUGAAGUGAAUAUUGACUAAUGGAUUUCUUCAUAUGA